GAAAAGUCUUAUAUGUUCUUUGCAGACAUCCCAACCUGCAAAAAGUAAUGUCAGACCGGGACUGGCCUACAUCCAUGGGAUGCCUGUCUUGAAUCUCACCGUCACGCAGCCGUAGUGCUUCUGUGGUAUUCUUCAAUUAUGCAUAAAAGAAAAUGGCAAAACGCUGUUGGAUCUUCGGAGGAAAGUGGCCGAUUUGCUAUUAAUUAUGUUGCAUUAGCCUGCAAUUAUAGCCUAAUACAAUAAAUGUCUGGGCACACACACAGCAGUGGGUAAGCUACUUAUUCUUUCUCAAUUCUCUGUCUCAGCCAACUACAAGUAGGGUAAUGUUACAUAGCCCACGUUAUUGGCGUAUGAACACAAUAAUUAGACUCGUUUGUUUAACUUCGACUUGGUUGAACUGGUUCGUCAGGCCAUUUCCGCACUCAUAGCCUAGAUUUGCGGAAAUGGCCUGACGAACAACUUCAACCAAGUCGAAAGUGAAACAAACUUAUGCAUUUCACGCGAAGCCUGUCCACAGACGCUAUCGAGUGGCCUAUUAAUACAUAAUGAAAUUAAGAUCAGCGUUAUGGUUGUUUUUAAAUGCAAUAAUGAUAGCUAAGGUAAAACCCAUUAACUUUCCAAAAAGCUACACUUGCCAGUUAUCAAGCUCGCUUACCGGCUUACCAUUUUAUACUCCACGUGAAUGCUGCGGACCAAGAUGGAUCUCUUACAACAAGACAAGUCUGGAGAUGGCUUUAAGCAGCAAACUAUUUGGCCAGCAUUUGGCAUCUCCCAUAAUCCUGAAAACGGUGACUAGACACAUGGAAAACCCAAACUCCGAGACACCUCUGGUCCUCUCUCUGCACGGCUUAACAGGCACUGGGAAGAGUUUUGUGAGCCGCUUGAUCGCUGAGAGCAUCUACCACAAUGGAAUGCGGAGUAAAUUUGUACACCUGUUCAUAACCACAGAACAUUUUCCCCACAAGGCACAUCUGGAAACUUACAAAGAUCAGCUAAAGCAGUGGGUGAAGGGGAACGUUUCAGAGUGUCCAAGCUCCAUGUUCAUUUUUGAUGAGAUGGACAAAAUGCAAACAGACCUGAUCGACAGCAUCAAGCCAUACCUGGACUACCACGGGACUAUUGAUGGGGUUUCAUAUGGUCAAGCCAUCUUCAUUUUCCUCAGCAAUUCAGGGGGGAUGGAGAUUGCCAAAAAGGCCCUGGACUUCUGGAAGACAGGUCGGAAAAGAGAGGAGAUUAACCUGAUGGAUUUGGAGAAAGAUCUUACUCUCUCAGUCUUCAACAACGAAAAGAAUGGUCUGUGGCGGUCUAGUGUGAUUAGUGAGAAACUGGUGGACUUCUAUGUGCCUUUCCUGCCUUUGGAGCACAAGCACCUGGUUCAGUGUGGUCUUGCUGAGAUGGCCGCCAGAGGCAUGAAGCCAGACCAGGGUGUGGUGGAGAGAAUGGCCAAAGAAUAUUCCUUCUUCCCAGACGAAGAGCGCAUCUUUUCUAAUCAGGGCUGCAAGAUGGUCUCCAAGCGAUUGGAUUUUUACUUGUAACACUUCUGGGAGGUGUUCAUUCUAACCCCUUGGUCACAUCAACUACAGCAGUGUUUUUCAACCACUGUGCCGGGGCACACUAGUGUGCCGUGAGAGAUCAUCAGGUGUGCCG